AUGUUUAUUAAUACAGUUCUGUUAGCUGCAAUAGCAGUACCGAUACUACUGAUGACCAUCUCUUCGGAAGCAGAACGUCAGAAUAUGGAAGUUGUAGCAAUAGAAGGACCUAGAGGCCCAGAUAAGCCAGCAUAUUAUACAAAAGUAGAACAGAAACCCAUCGUGGAAGAAGUCAAAUCUGCUGCAGAUACCCCAUCCUAUUGGUCGUAUGCUCUGGAUCGAUUGAAAGGAAUAUCUCUUAUGCAAUUAAUGAUAUUGAUGGGACCAUUCUUAGCAAUACAGCUGAAGAAAUUUAUAGCAAAGAAGAUGUGUUGUGUUACUAAGCGUGAAUAAAGAU